CGGCCCCCGCUGUUUUCCGCUGCCGGGUGGCGCCGCGCGCUCCGCGGUGCCGCUGCCCGGGCACCAUGAGGGAGGCGGAAAUCAGGAGGCUUCUGGCUGCCAACCUCCUUUGCGCUCUGUCCGUCGUCCUGGCCGCGGUUGUCCCAGCUUUCUUCCUGGACGGAUUCAGUGUCCUGGGAACGCAUCUCACGUGGCUGUGUGUUUGUUCUGUUUGUGUUGCUACCCUUAAUAUAAUCUUGCAUUUAGUCCUUAAACCAAAUCAGUCUCCUAAGAGACGUUUCUUUGCUCACAAGAUAUCCAGAUUUCUAAAAUGCUGUAUAUACUUUUUCAUGUCUUGCAUACUAUUUCAUGCGAUUAUUGUUCUUUAUGGAGCACCUCUCAUAGAGUCAGUGACUGAGACAUUUUUGUUUGCAGUUCUUCUGUCUACAUUUACUACUUUACAGUGCUUAUGUUUGCUGGGACCAAACAUACAGGCAUGGAUACGGGUAUUUAGUAAAAAUGGAGCUAUGUCCAUCUGGGAAAGCAGUCUACAGAUUACUUCCAUGUGCAGUCUACUUGGAGCUUGGUUUGGAGCAUUUCCUAUUCCUCUUGACUGGGAUCGACCUUGGCAGGUAUGGCCCAUUUCCUGUUCCCUCGGAGCUACCUUUGGCUAUAUGGCUGGUCUGAUUAUUGCACCUCUGUGGAUACACUGGAACCGGAAGCAGCUCACAUACAAAAGCAGAUAACUGGAGCAAAAAGAGACAAGGUAUUUCUUUGUGCAGAUUCCAUACAGACUGUGCAAAAGUUGGGGUUUUUAAAGAUAUAUAUAUAUAUAUAUAUAGAUAGAUAUAUAUAUAGUCAAAGCAGUAGGCUGUCCAAAUUCAGUUAAGAGUAUUUCAGGCCAAGCAUCUCCACUCAAUAAAAUCACACAGAUGCCAUUUCAGCGUGGUGCAGUUUUUGCUUCCUCUAGACUGUGUAACCCUGAGAGAUUGUACCUUCCAGUCUGAAUAAAAUAUUUGUAACAGA